CCACUAAACAAUCUGUCAAGAUUCCAUUUGACCAAUUUAAGUGCUCCAGUUAGCAUCACAAAUCAUAAAAUCUCAUCAAAAUGUCCGACUCAAGUCUAGGUGAAGAAAACCCUGUUUAUGGACCCUUUUUUGGUGUCAUGGGUGCUGCAGCUGCCAUCAUAUUUAGCUCCUUGGGUGCAGCAUAUGGAACCGCAAAAUCCGGAACUGGUAUCGCCGCCAUGUCGGUGAUGAGACCCGAACUGAUCAUGAAAUGUAUUAUUCCAGUUGUCAUGGCGGGUAUUGUAGCCAUUUAUGGAUUGGUGGUGGCUAUUUUGAUUGUAGGAGAGUUGAGUAUGCCUAGUUCCGGUUACACGUUAUUUAAAGGAUUUUUACAUCUUGGAGCUGGUUUGGCAGUAGGUUUCUCAGGACUAGCAGCAGGUUUCGCUAUUGGAAUAGUAGGUGACGCUGGAGUACGCGGUACCGCUCAACAGCCGAGACUCUUUGUAGGAAUGAUCCUUAUUCUCAUUUUUGCUGAAGUAUUGGGUCUUUACGGCCUGAUUGUGGCCAUCUUCCUUUACGCCAAGGUGCAAUAAAUUAGAUAUUUAUGUUCCUGUUGUUAUGUGCCUAUAGACAUACAUAUGUGUAUAGAACUAACUUCUAUAUGAACCGAAAUGCGUAAAGAUUUGUACAUUAAAUAAAUAGUUGAUAGGAGCACCUGUAAAAUGUUUAUUAUCAUCAUUUCCCGUUACAUAAACUGUUAUUCAUAAGCAGACGUUUUUGAAAAAAUUGUGAAGUGAAAUCUUUCGCGAUACCUUUUGUUACAUUAAGUCCAAUAAUUCUUAAAUAUAAUAAUUUACUUAAGUUAUAA